UAAUGAUGUAUGCUGUUCAUACAAGUGACUACUGAACGCUGUGUGUGUGUGCGUCUUUGUGUGUGUGUGUGUGUGUGAGAGAGAGAGAGAGAGGAUUUGUUCUAUAUGUGUGCAUUUCUGAGAAUUUCUGUCUGUUUUCUAGGAGAAUUUGAAAAUGGAGCACUAGAAUUGAAGCACGGGGGAUUCUGACCGUCCAAUUGCAACCCUUAUCCAUCACUACAUUCACUACCUUCAGUGAUAACGACACAGAAGCAAUAUGAGAGAGUUGUGCUUGCUUUGAUGUUUCCUUUGGUGAUCCUGAAUCACGAUGUUGUUGUUAUUAGUAUGACAUGGGUUUUUAGAAAGAGAGGAUUGGAUAAAAGUAGACAUGGGGCCUAUUGGUGGUGAAGAACAGAUGAAGUGGGAGAAAAUGCAAGGGACGGCACUGAGUGGUGAAGAGAAGAUUCUGGUUUUGGUGAGGUUGAGGCCUCUGAGUGAAAAGGAAAUUGCAAGGAAUGAAGCUUCUGAUUGGGAAUGCAUCAAUGAAACCACCAUUUUCUAUAGGAACAGUUUCCAGGAGAGGUCUGGACUUCCAACUGCUUAUACUUUCGACAAAGUGUUUAGGGGAGACUGCACAACAAGGGAAGUGUACGAAGGAGGAACAAAGGAUAUUGCCCUUUCAGUUGUCAGGGGAAUCAACUCAACUAUCUUUGCGUAUGGACAAACAAGCAGCGGAAAGACAUACACCAUGAAUGGAAUUACGGAGUAUACAGUGGCAGAUAUAUACGACUACAUGAAAAGGCAUGAAGAAAGAUCUUUUGUUUUAAAGUUUUCUGCUAUGGAGAUUUACAACGAAGUUGUUAGAGACCUCCUCAGUUCAGAUAGUACUCCGCUAAGAAUGCUCGAUGAUCCUGAGAAAGGGACCAUCAUUGAGAAACUCACAGAAGAAACUUUACGGGGCUGGGAUCAUCUCAAAGAGCUCUUAUCCAUCUGUGAAGCUCAAAGACAAACCGGGGAGACCUAUCUUAACUUAGCUAGUUCCAGGUCUCAUCAAAUUCUAAGAUUGACAAUUGAAAGUUCAGCUCGUGAGUUUAUAGGGAAGGAGAACAAAACAACUCUUGCUGCGAGUGUGAACUUUGUUGAUCUGGCUGGAAGUGAACGUGCAUCUCAGGCGCUGUCUGUUGGGCAAAGACUGAAAGAAGGCUGUCAUAUUAAUCGCAGUUUACUGACCCUAGGAACUGUCAUUCGCAAGCUCAGCAUGGCAAGACAUGGGCAUGUGAACUACAGGGACUCUAAGCUAACACGUAUCCUUCAACCUGCAUUAGGAGGCAACGCGAGAACUGCCAUUAUUUGCACCCUGAGCCCAGCACAGAGUCAUGUUGAGCAAUCUCGAAAUACACUUUUAUUUGCCAGCUGCGCCAAAGAAGUGACCACUAAUGCACAGGUCAAUGUAGUCAUGUCCGACAAGGCCUUGGUGAAGCAUCUACAGAAAGAGUUAGCUAGAUUAGAAAGCGAAAUAAAAACUCCUAUAACUACUUGUGAUCAUGUGGCAUUGCUGAGGAAGAAAGAUCAGCAGAUUGAAAAGUUAGAGAAUGAAAUGAGGGAAUUAACUAAGCAGCGUAAUCAUGCUCAAUCCCGGGUUGAGGAUUUGCUGCGGAUGUUUGGAAAUGAUAAAAUUUCCAGCCAAAGGGGUGCGUCAAGUCUACUUCCUAAAUCACUAGAAGGGAACAUGUUUGGAGAUGAAUGCUCAGUAUCUGACUCAAUAGCUAAAGCUGAGUCAUAUAACAGGGACAGUGAAAGUGAUGCCAUAUCCUAUGCUAUACCUGCUCAAUGUAGUGGCAACUUUGGUUUGCCUGAUCGAUAUCAAAGGAGCAAAAUUUUUGCUUUUGUGACAGGAGAAGAUUCUGAUGAUUUUUGCAAGGAAGUUCAAUGUAUUGAGGUGGAUGAGCCUGGUGGAAAUAGAACCUUUGAAUCCUUUAGCUUAUCAAACAAUGAGAAUGGAGAAAGAAUAUCUCCUCCUUCCAGCAAUGGGCAGAAAAUGCAUGACAUACAGAAGACUACAGAUUCUCUUGCCAGAUUUCACCCUCUUGAUUCAUCUCCAUGUGCCCUUUCAACAAGUAUAUCAGGCUAUAUAAACAUGAAAUUAACAAGAAGCAGGAGCUUUAGAGAAAAUCUUAUGAUUGGCUCGUUUUCACCUGAAUCUGGGAUAGUAGAACAAAGAGAGACUACCCCAACCGACGAGCAAGAGAGAGAUUUUCCAGGUAGACCUGAAGGCCUCCAAAGGAAGCACUGGAAAUAUCCUCCAUUAAUUUACGGGAAAACCAGACCUAAUUUGUCAAGAAACAAUUCACAGUCCUCCAACUGUAGCACUUUCAUAGAUGAGCUCAAAAGAGGCAGCAAUGCCUCUGGAGAUGAGGAUAUCCCGAGUGUUGACACUUCUGUGGCAGGCCUGAAGGAGAUGGCUAAGCUUGAGUAUGAUAAUCAACUGCACAAUCAGGCUCAAGAUUCUGGGAAGUCGAAAAGGAAUAUUAAAAAUGUCGGAUUGGAUCCUAUGCCAGACUCAUUGGAAGUUCCUUCAGAUUGGCCUCUUGAAUUUGGGAAGCUGCAAAAAAGGAUUAUUGAACUUUGGCAGACUUGCCAUAUUUCGUUGAUCCACAGGACAUAUUUCUUCCUGCUGUUUAAAGGUGACCCUUUGGACUCUAUUUACAUGGAGGUCGAGGUUAGAAGACUUUCAUUCCUCAAGGAGACAUUUCUCAAAGGAAACUCAGCUUUUCAAGGUGGUCAGACAGUCGGUCUUGCGUCAAGCCUCAAAGCUCUUCGCCGUGAGAGAGCUACGCUAAGCAGGCUCAUAUAUAAAAGGUUUCCAGGAGAUGAGAGAAAUGAGAUCUUCCAUAAAUGGGGCAUAAAGUUAAGCUCCAAAAGGAGGAGACACCAACUGAUUCAUCGUCUGUGGAGCGACACAGAUAUGAAUCACGUGAUGGAGAGCGCUGCCAUUGUUGCAAAGCUGAUUAAGUUCUCUGAGCCGGCGCUUGCUCUAAAGGAUAUGUUUGGGCUUAGCAUCAUACCUCCUCCGUGCAUGUUAACGAUGUCCUUAGGCUGGAAGAACAGUAUGGCAUCUCUACUGUAAGCUUCUGGAACUGUGGUAGGAAGAAGUGAAAUUAGUGUAUGCUUAUUGUUGCUCGGAUCAACUGCAUGUUUAUCUACCUCAUUUUAAUUUUAAAUUACUCAUUUACAAAAAAAAGAAACAAUAUAAUUUACGAAUCACACUUGGAGAGGGAGGAAUCAAAAUAUCUCGAUUAGUGUCACCAUUUUAUUUAUCUCUGAUUUUUACCAUCCAA